AUGGUGAAGUAUCAUGAGGCUUUGGACGUCUACCCUUCCGGAAUCUCUGCCUGCUCCCCGUCCGGCCGCAUCUCCUUCAUCACCGCAGCCAACGACACCACCCAGGCCGACUUCCGGCCCAGGGAGCCCACCCUCCCCGACCAGCCCGGCGACUCCAAAGACCGCUGGUCCCUCGUCGCGCAGCACAGCCUGAACGUCGGCGGUACCUACCGUUUCUCCAACGUUACCUGCGACGGCGGCCCGGCCAACGUCGGCCCGGCUGGGAAAGGCAAGGGCAAGGGGGACGAGUCCAAGGACCGGCGGCUCCCGGAGCGCCGCGAACGGCGCGCCGUCCGGCAUGUCGACGGGAAACUGGUCAACACGUUCGAGGUCGCCGAGGACUGCAGCAAGCACGUUCUCGCCACGGACUUUGGCGGCACGCCCCAGACGGUGUGGCCCUACCGCCCGCCUGGGGCGGGCGUGUUUGCCUAG